CAAAGACUCAGUGUGGCCGAGUCUCGGCCAAACAACUCUCGAUCCGAGCACCAUCCUUACAAAAGCCUGGGAGGGCCCUCGAAUCAUGCCUCCUCUCGUGAUAGCGUGAAGAAGUCGUGAGAGCUUGUGAUGGUAGAUCUAACUCGAAGGACAGUGACAAUAGCGCUAGUAUUUACAUUCAGCAUCAUUCUUGCAGCCAGCCUGCAUCCGAACUCCCCACCCUAUAUCUCAAGCGCCUACGACGUGGCUUCCUCGAGACUGUUGAAUCCUGUGAGACGAUUGACCCAGCUGAGCAGAUCAUUCUCGACGAGUUUGGGUCGGAAGGAAUCAACCAUGGCGAAAAAGACCCCUGUCUACUUUGUCUCCCAUGGAGGCCCGACAACAAUGUACGACACCAAACAUGCCGUCUACCCAGAAUUGCAGCGUAUCGGCAAAGAAAUCACUGAACAAGUCAAACCCUCCGCCGUGGUAGUCUUCUCAGCACAUUGGCAAGCUGAAAGACCCAACACAAUCGAAGUCAAUGUGUCUGAAGAGGAGCCCCUACUUUACGACUUCUAUGGAUUCCCACGACACUAUUACUCGGAGAAAUUCCCCAACAAAGGUUCUGCCUCGUUAGCGAAGCGAGUCAUGGAGGUCCUGGGCGAGAAUGGGAUCAAGACCCAGCCGGUCGAGCGAGGCCUUGAUCACGGCGUCUUCGUCCCGUUCAAGGUCAUGUUCGACCCUAAGACGAACCCACUCACCGUGCCCAUUGUGCAGGUUAGUCUAUUUGACGAUGACAGGGAUGCCGCGGCGCAUAUAAAGCUUGGACGGGCAGUGCAGAAACUCCGGGAGGAGAACGUCCUGAUCAUAGCGAGCGGUAUGUCGGUGCACAACCUUCGGCAUUUGAUGAUGACCAUGGGUACGGGGAAGACAAUGCCGUAUGCGGCGAGUUUUGACGCGGCCUUGAAGGAUGCAGCAGAGACGAAGCCGGGUGAACAUAGGGAUGAGGUUAUGGUUGAUUUACUUUCCAGGCCUGAUGCAAGGCAGGCGCAUCCCACUUUUGAGCAUUUGUUGCCGAUUCAUGUCGCUGUCGGCGCGUCUGGGGAUGAUCAAGGAAAACAGUUGUGGACGCUGGCAGAGGGGAGUAUGGCCUGGGCGCAAUAUAGAUUCGGGGAGGUGGCGGCUGAAGCCUAAGCAAAAGCCAUUUUCAGUGCAUCUUGAAGGUUCUCCUUUGCUUUUGCGCUUGAGCGUGCGUUGUAUGUACAAUCGAACUUCUCCAAUGCGAGCAUUUCUGGUA